AUGCAGUUUAAAAAUCCAGCCGAGGAGAACGCGAUGCCAACUUACAGGAUAAUGGAUGCAGACGGUAAUAUUGUGGACACCACCAGAGAUCCACAAUCUGCAUCUGACGACGAAAUCAUUCAGUGGUAUCGGACUAUGUUGACCGUCAGCAUUAUGGAUUUGAUCGCGUUUGAAGCACAACGGCAAGGACGAUUCAGCUUUUAUAUGGUCUCUGCCGGUGAAGAAGGUAUUGCCGUAGGAUCAGCCUCGGCACUAACACCAGAGGAUGUUUGUUUUCUGCAGUAUCGCGAGCAAGGGGUGCUCUUGCACCGAGGCUUCACACUGAAGGAGAUGAUGAGCCAAUUGUUUUCAAACAAAGACGAUAACGGCAAAGGACGAAAUAUGCCUGUCCAUUAUGGCAGUGGAAAGCACAACGUCCAUACGAUUUCGAGUCCUUUAGCGACCCAGAUCCCUCAGGCGGCUGGGGCCGCAUAUGCGUUGAAAAUGCAGCGGCUCAUUAAUCCGAAUGUGUCCCCCAGGAUCGUCGCUUGUUACUUUGGAGAGGGCGCGGCAAGUGAAGGGGAUUUCCACGCUGCACUCAAUAUCGCCGCCACCAAAUCUUGUCCCAUUGUAUUUGUCUGUCGCAACAAUGGCUUUGCUAUUUCAACGGCGAGCAUUGAACAGUACAAGGGAGAUGGCAUCGCUAGUCGAGGAUUAGGGUACGGUAUUGAUACCAUCCGGGUGGAUGGCAACGAUAUCUUUGCCGUGAGGGCGGUCAUGUUGGAAGCUAGGAAACGCGCUCUGGAAGGCGAUUGCAAACCCAUCCUAGUCGAAGCUAUGAGUUACCGAGUAAGUCAUCACAGCACUAGCGACGACAGUUUCGCCUAUCGAGCCAAAAGAGAGGUAGAGGAGUGGAAACGAAGAGACAACCCCAUUACACGGCUCCGCAAGUGGAUGGAAAAGAAGGGUAUCUGGGACGAGGACAAAGAAAAGGAAGCGAGGGCAUCAAUACGCAAAGAAGUCCUGCGAGAGUUUUCAGCUGCAGAAAAAGUCAAGAAACCACCGGUCCGUGCGAUGUUCGAGGAUGUCUACGAGGAAUUCACUCCAGAGACUCGAUCCCACAUGAAAGAACUGAAGCGGAUAAUCGAAAAGUAUCCGAAGGAGUAUAGCGGCAUUUCCGAGUAUGAAGGAGGACUCAAGAGUCUGGAGGAAUGA